AUGGAGACAGCAUUGCAGACCCAGGCCCCUGGAACUAUACACAUGGAUGGAUUCAACACAUCGACGCUGUCGGGAUCAGCAGCGGUGUUUCUAUCGUCGAUAUCGACGUCGACAGCAGCUAUCAUGAUGUCCGACAUCGUAGAAACCACCGAGUUCGGAAUUAUGAACGGUACGGAAGACUUCAUGAACGGUACAACCGUGGGAUACUCGGAGCCACAUUAUCUGACUGUUUUGAAGACAUUUCAGAAGUGGCUCCUUACUGUGGCAUUGGUCUGCAUCAUGCUAUCAAUGGGGGCUGUGAUCACGGCGAAGGAUUUCAAAGAAACGUUUCGUCACCCAAUUGGCUUCGUGAUCGGGUUUCUGUCCCAGUUCAUUACCAUGCCUCUUAUAUGCUUCCUGACCUCCCUCGCUCUCGGGCUCGAGACCCCUUUCGCUCUCGGUUUGCUCAUCAUCGGGUGCUGCCCCGGCGGGACGGUGUCGAACCUCUUCACAUUCUGGACUAAUGGCGACGUCUGUCUUAGUGUGUGUAUGACGUCGGUAUCGUGCGUGGCUGCGAUCGGGAUGAUGCCGCUCAACCUCCUCAUCUACUCUCGACGAUGGACAUCGGAGCAGACCAAAGUCCCAUUCAUGAACAUCUUCACCACCCUCGUCACCAUCAUCGUCCCCGCCAUCGCUGGCAUGAUCGUCAGAAGAUACAGCGUCAAAUGGGCUAGUAGAGUCUCACAGUUCGGAAGUAUCAUGGGGCUUGCGACGAUCCCCGUCUCGAUCUCCCUGAUCGGCAUCAUCAACCCGGGUAUGUUCUCUGCCAGCUGGAAGAUCUGGACUUCGACCACAAUUCUCCCCUUCGUGGGCUACUUCUUCGGAUACGGCGUUGGACGGAUCUGCCGACAACCCACCUCCAAAUGCAGGACCAUCGGCUUCGAGACCGGGAUACAGAAUUCGGCGCUGGCCGUCACGAUCAUGCUCCUGACUUUCGCCGACUCGGACCUGCUUUACGACAUGUUGACUGUUCCGUGCUUCUACGGUAUCAUCAGUUUCGUCGAUUUCCUUUUCUACGUCGCGUUCUUCCGUGCCAGGAUGCACUAUCGACGACGCAAUGCACCGACAAAGAUGGACGAAGACGAAGGCGAAGGAGGAGACACUGAUAAGGAUGAGGUGAAUGAGAAGGGGAAAGAUGUCGACCAGGAUGGCCAUCAUGGCAACGGCAUCCAGAUCAAAUACCAGCCAAUACCUGAUGACGUCACUGGCACGUUGACAGCUAACGGAGAAAAACAGCCAAACAAAAAUUCGGAUAAAAAGAACAAUGAAAUCAAAAUAACUAUAAAUGGGGAUUACCAGCUUCUUAAAUCAAAUGACACCACUCAUUACGAAAGAAACAUGAAGAUAAUUGAGAAUCCUAUUGUUGAUACAGUUGUUGUUCCUGCUGUAUAAAGCAGUGCUCAGAAUAUUUUUUAGUUUUAAGAUUUAACGGACACGUUUUGUUAAAUACUUACUUUAAGCUCCCCAAGAAAUGGUCACGUGGUACAUGAUGUAGAAAAUGAAUGCAAGAAACCUCAAGCCCUCGAACCCCAAAGUGCCCCAAAAAGAC